AUGGCGUUAAACUAUAAUGUGUCACGGUUAGUAGGCCCGUUGACAACAUUAUGUGCAAAUGUGUUGGUACAAAACCGAGCAUUCCCCAAAAUAAUGCUAAAUAUGCGCUGUCUGGUAUUCCCACUUGUCGCCGCCACGAUCUUCGUCUACGGUGUGGAUCUCAUACCAUGGGAAAUCGUAGAAGUGGCGCUUGUCAGCGAGCUUCGUGAUAACGGUCAAAGCAUCAACGAUCCGAAUAUUGCCGGUCAUGUAAUGAAAGAUUUCCGCGCUUUGUUCAGAGACUUUGGCAAAAUCUAUAACUUCCGCUAUAGUAAGAAGAACUUUCUUUAUAACAUAAAUGCCGCAGCUGGAAAAGCAACUUUUGCGAUGCGAAAAGGAAACUGUGAACAGCUUCGACAGUUUCUUACCGUCGUCAGAGCACAGGCGUACCAUCUAAAGUCAGCAGAGCUCAAAUGUGGUCCUAUGAAGUAUUCCAUGCGUUUGAAGUACGUAAACGAAACUGGAGAUGGCGGUGACAACACGACGGUUUCAUCCUAUAAUCUUAGCCUGGACUAUUGGUGA